AUCACGUGUGCUUGUCUCAGCUGAUCGCUCUAACCUUGACACAUCGUUGCUCCGUCACAUGUACCGCCAAUUAUUAUACUCGUAGAAAAUUUGUUUAUUUUGGACAAAAAUGACUGAAGAAACUACUGAAAUUGAUUGCGUAUUACGACCGAUGAAUUGUGAAAUCAAUUUGCUGUCGAGAUCCGAUGGUUCUACAAUGUUUAUGCAAGGAGAUACCACAAUUAUCGCAGGUGUAAACGGUCCUAUAGAAGCAAGGAGUCAAAAAAUGGCAUAUGAUAAAGUUUCCGUAGAAGUUACAUAUACACCUCUUAAAGGACCAGCUAAGGUAGAUGACAGAUUAAUUGAAACGUAUAUAAGGGAGACUUGUGAGUCUGCGAUACUGGUCUCAUUUCAUCCUAAUACCAUGAUAUGCAUUAAUUUGCAAGAGAUGCAAGAUUCUGGUGGGUUAUUGGCUUGCGCUAUUAAUGCAUCAUGUCUGGCAUUAAUUAAUUCAGGACUUGCUAUGAAAUUUACUAUUGCAGCUGUAAGUUGCAUGAUAGAAAAAGAGACAGGAAAUGUAAUUGUAGACCCUGAUAGCACACAAUUAAAGAAUGCAAAGGCAGAGUUUACAUUUGCAUUUGAUAGUAUCAACAAGGACAUCAUAUGCUGCCAUAGUAUCGGUCGAUUCUCCCAAAAUGAAUUCUUAGUCUCCAUGGAUAAAUGUAAACAAGAUUUCAAUGGUGAAAGGCAUCUCUAUGAUCAAUAAAGGAUUAGAAAGAUAGAGAAAUAUAUUUACCAACUAUAAAUAAGAUGAUAGUAUACAUUGUUUCACAUGUAACAUUUCUUCUGAUAUAUUUUUUGCUACGCUAUAUUUAUAAAGUGAAACAUGUUAUUGUAAUUAUUAUUACUAAAAAUUGAAGAAAGAACAAUCUCUUUCUUAACUUCUAUCGAUUAUACAUCUGCACUGCAGUCUGUGCUCGUUGCCAACAGAGGCUGCAACGUAUCUCUUGAUUCCUGCUGCCCUCUUAGGCAGAUUGCUAUAAUACUCUUUAAAUUAAAAUCUU